CGGUCGCAGGAGUGGUAGUGUAAUCAAACUGAAAGUGUUGAGUGCAGUUUGUAUAAGGAACACUGAUGAUGAUGGCACAUCCUAUGACUCACAAGUAUUCUUUCAGAGAGUUAGAAUGAACUUAGACUGACACUGUACACCUUGAGGCAUGUCUGCUUAGGUGGUAAUAUCAAUGAAAUGCAGAGUCAUAACACAGACACAUGCAAACAUCUGAAAAUAUUGUAUCUUGAUGUGGUGAGUUAGGUGAGGCAUUGUGGUAUGCUCCUUUUGCUUCCUACUUCUCCCUUCCCUCCUCCUUUCUUGAAGUCUGUGAUGAUGCCAGUAUACCUGCUUGCGUUUCCAUUUAAGUUGGAAGUGCCUGAUCAAAAAUGCACUUCCACCCCUCAAAAAAGAGAGCAUUUGCCUAGCUUGUGAAGUAAACUUAAGUGCUGGAUAGUUCUCAAAGUAAAGUGAAAGCAUUUCCCGGUGCUGUUAAUUAAAAGGCCCGUUUUCAGAAGAUGAUCAUAUGGAAAGCAAAGAGUACUCCCAGCACCAGGAAAGUAUACACACACAGCUUGUAAAACCUAAGGCUUGUUUGCUGGGAAUAGUUUACUCUUACCCAAAGAAGAAACCCCAUCUAAAAUACGGUUUUCUAUGAGCUACAAAGAACAGUAUUUGAAGGUUUUUUUCAAUCUGGUAUCAACCAAAACAGGACUUUUACUCCAUUCUUGCACUUACCAUUCCCUAAUGCACACAGAAACAGGUCUUGGUUAAUAAUUAGCGUCAGUGUUUUUUGAGAAAGUAUAAAACAACAAGAUUAAGCUGUGUCCUUCAUUAGCAGUACUUUAAUUUUUCCCUCUCUCCUGUGUUUCUGAUUGCACUGAUUCAAGCAGUCAUCUGGUCAACAUUAAUUUAUUUUUUGUUUGAUUUAGUAUUUGUUUGGAACGCAUACCUGUAUCACCGUAUGUGCGCCAGAGGCAAUGUAUAGGAAGCUGUAAAGGGAAAGAGGGUCUGCUGUUCAUCUUGAUGUCAUCAUCUUGGAUCGGUAUAGAUUCUUGGCACUGAACUUUGUGUCUCUCAAGCUUACAGUUCCUAGAGUCAGUGUCAAACUACUAACUGGUAAAAAAUGUGAUUCAAGCCGUCACACACAGUGUAUGUGGGUCUGGUCCCACCUUGCGGUGAAACCAGUUCUGUUUCUAUUAAAUAUUUGAUGUAGCAACAUGGAGAUAGUUGGGCACUUGUACCUGGGAAAGCUCAGUGAAGAUGCAGAUGUGAUCCAGCUAAGGAGUAGGCACAAAUCUGGAAAAGUUUACUUGUACAUUCCUCCCACACGCUAUUAAUUGCAGUGUCUACAGUGUAUUGGCUGUGAACAGCUUCUAUGGAGCUGUUUCUCCUGCACAUGGUCACUUCCUCCAUGAGACACAGGCUGGUGUGAGAGCUGCUGCAGAGGCUCCUUUCUCUGCAGGAAUUCAUCAGGGAGUCUAGGUGAUGGGCUAAAUUUGCUAGUCUUGCUGUUAUUGCACUUUGCAAAAGAAGUUUAAUGUUUUUUUCUCUUUUGUUUUUUUUUUCUUUUUUAAGAUAAUGAACUGUGUGUUACUAGAAGGCCUUUAUUACAUCCUGAAAUUCAGAUCUAACCCUGAGUUACUGUUAAAAGUAGAUACUUAAUCUGUUUAUUUUCCCUUUCUAGCCAAGGUGCGAGUGUCUGCCUAGAAUGUCCAGGCAUGCAAAAAAGCUUAAAGAUCACGAUAUAAAUCCAUGUGUAGCGGAAACAGAUGCCACUACAAAAUGUAUGAGUGACAACAACUAUAACAAGGAUAUGUGUACUGAUUAUUUUUUGAAGUACAAAAACUGCAGAAAAUUCUGGCAUGAAAUUAUGAUGCAGAGGAAGAGAAAUGGUGUGAAACCAGAGAUGCCUACAGCAGAAGAAAGGAAAAAAAUCUUGGAAUCGAUGGGGAAGCCCUACUGACUAGAAUCCUGAAUUGACUGUUGUCACUGUACAUAUGAAGACUUACCAGCAGCAGCAAGUUACCAUUUUAUGAACUGGAUUUUACUGUUGCCAUAUCUUGGAUUAAAAUAAGAUCUUAAACUUUGAAAUGUGUGAGCUUUCUAGGAUAGAACUUCCUGGCUUUAUUCAUACUUCCUGUCAUAGGAACCUGACCACUUUUUAUUGGAAGAUAUGAGUAUCAAUGCAACUUGUUCAGAAACUUUUGGAAAUAGAAAGUACCUUGCUGUGGAAUGCUAAAUAUAAAAUUAAUGAGACUUGCAGAAAGUCUGUUUGAAAAGAUGGGGGUCGGUGAGCAUUGCAGUGUGGUUCUAAGACUGGAGCAGGUUGAGAAGCUGGUACCUGCAACAUGUUUCUUGCACUAAGCUGGUCUGCUCAAUAGUAUGGAUUUACCAUGUGUGAUUUUUAUCACUAUUUUCACAUGUAGUGUAUUCUGUGUUCCCAGUUUAAAUAAGACUGUUAAUGAACUAAAAUCCUAAUCCAACAAGCUUGUCAUUAGGUCUGCCACUGCACUUGUCAGUGACAGCAGAAACUUGCAGUAAAUCAGAUCUGCAAGCUUUGCUAGUUAGAAGGUUAGACACACUGGUGAAGAUAAAACUGAACUCCUCAGGUCUGAGCUGAAUAGUAGUUUCUGUGGAUAGUAAA